CUCUCUCUCUCUCUCUUAUAAUUCUGAUAGAUGGCGCCGAGGUUUUCUGUUGAUGGUGCAAUAUUUGGCUGUAAAAAUGAUUAAUCGCAAUUUUUGCAGCGGUAAAUUCUAUCUUAAUUCCAAGUCCUAGAUCACAUGUGAGAUAUAUGUCGUUACUAAAUUGAUAUUUAUUAAGAUGACGUCGAUGCUCUGCAUGCGUGUUGGCUUGGUGGCAAGCCGAACACUUCUCUCGUCUAAAACUUUCGAGAGAAACUAUGUGACAUAUAUACAGGGUCAAUCUCCUCAGCCUCGUAUACGGGAGUACUUUUACUACAUCGAUCACCAAGGCAUGUUGUUCCUGGAUGAUGUUCGCAUAAGGAACUUUACUUCAUGUUUCAAAGACAAGAAAUUCUUGGCAUUUUUCUUCAAACAUUUGAAGAAGAAUAAUACUGAUCGUUACAUGGAUGACUUUCCAUUCCUGUCAAUCUGCGGUGUGGAAAGAAACUUUGUAAGAUGUGACGACUUGCCAGUAGUAUUUACAAAAGUGAUUCAAAAACAGAAUGCAGAAACUGGUGCAGAGGAAGAUUGGUUUAGUUACGCACAUGCGGAUAACUUAUUGAUGGUACCAUUCGAGCCACAAAGAUUAUUUAUGAAUGUCAAUACAGGAAGGGUAUACCAUCCUGCGUUGGAAAAGGCUGGAGGCAUCGGUCUGGUGAGGUCUAAUCUGGCCAUCGAAUUUAGCGCUUCUUUCAGCUUUAGAAAUGGCGAGCAAAAUCCACCAACGCAUUUUACGUGGAAGGACAAACGAUACGAGCUCGAUACGACAUGGUUCAAAGACAAACUCACAGGAAGUUAAAAAACCAAAGAUUUGUUUAUAAUUUAUAAAGAACUUUUGUAAAUAUAUGCAAGUAAUAGUGC